GAGGAAACCGGACCUCCCGAAGCAAACCCACACAGACACGGGGAGAACAUGCAAACUCCACACAAAGGACCCGGACAGCUCCAUCUGUGAAUUGAACACAGGACCUUCUUUCUAUGAGGCAACAGUGCUACCCACCGAGCCACCUGAAAAUAUCCAUGGAUACAAAAUUUGCUCAUGCACAAGUUCAGACCCAAAUACAUUUAUCCAGGACUACAGAUUCUGCAUUUCAACAGCAAGCGCUGGUGAGCCCUAGAAAUGAGAAAUGUCAAGUGGAUAUGUUGGACUUGAACAAGGAAAAGGUGUUUUUUUCUAAAUACCCCGACAGGAGAAAUUUUGGUUUAGAAAGACCUGUAGUCCCAAUGGUUGCAGACAGAUCAGAUGAAGGAGCUUCCUCAGCCAGUGCUCGAGUACCAGAUUUCUACAAUCCCGAAUUAAAACACUUUGGCAGUGUGCAGAUUGAUAGCAGCCAGCAGAGUUAUCAUACUUUCAGCAUGUCCACUUUAAUAAACUCACAGACUGGCGACCAGUAUGCCACCCAAUCUGGAAAUAGCAAUCAUCACAGCUAUGCUCCUUCUGACAAGGUGGUAACUCGAGGUACCACUGGAGACAUGUCAGCCUAUCAGAUGAGUUCUCCCAUGUCCAGCCUGUCUCAGGGUGUAGGGAUGGUGACGUCUACAGGCCCUCUGCUCAGCCCUCUACAAAGCUCUCUCCACAGCUCUCAGCAACUAGAUGAGGAGGCCUCACGCAAGAAGGAGCUCCGUUUGUUGAAGAACAGGGUGGCAGCCAAAGAAUGUCGACGACGGAAAAAACAGUACCUACAGUGCCUAGAGCAGCGACUUAGCAUGCUGGAGAUGCAGAACAAGAAGCUCAUGGACGAACUAGAGUAUAUGAAGGAGAUUUGUGCCAGGAAGUCCAGUUGUUGUACACAUGUUUGUGUGAAGAAGGAAAAAUAGACCAGCACAAGAAUGUUUAUAAGAUUUUUAUUACAUUUAUAUGUUUGUUUUUUUUCAAAUCCACAGUUUGUGAAGGUUACAUUAGAUUAUUAUAUGAUAAUAAAUGUGAUAUGGCAGCUUUUAGAUUUGCAGAGGUACUUUUAAAAUGAACAUUACUCUGGACUGAACACUAAACUUGUGCAUCUUUGUCUGUGUAGCUAAAACACAGAAUAAAUAUAUAUUUUGACACUCAUAAUA